UGAGCUCGGCGGUCCCGCGGAUCUGUCUCUUGCUUCAACAGUGUUUGGACGGAACAGACCCGGGGACGCACUUCUGUUAUCCUCCGACCAUCCUCCAACCUUUUUUCCAGUCGCAACCUACGGAACCACCCUCUCUACAACCCUCUCCCUCCGAGACCAGCGAAAACCGUUGUUUGGGCAUACCUCCAUACUGCCCGGCAACCAUGAGCUCCCAGAUUCGUCAAAAUUAUUGCACCGAGGUGGAGGCCGCCGUUAACCGCCUGGUCAACCUGCAUCUGCGGGCUUCUUACACCUACCUCUCUCUGGGCUUCUAUUUCGAGCGCGACGAUGUGGCUCUGGCUGGCGUGGGCCACUUUUUCCGCGAGUUGGCCGACGAGAAGCGCGAGGGCGCCGAGCGUCUCUUGAAGAUGCAAAACCAGCGUGGCGGCCGCGCCCUCUUCCAGGACGUCCAGAAGCCUUCCCAAGAUGAGUGGGGGAAAACCCUGGAGGCCAUGGAAGCUGCCGUGGUCCUGGAGAGGAACCUGAACCAGGCCCUUCUGCAUUUGCACGCCCUGGGCUCUUCUCGCGCGGAUCCUCAUCUCUGUGACUUCCUGGAGAGCCACUUCCUUGAUGAAGAGGUGAAACUCCUCAAGAAGAUGGGCGACCACAUGACUAACCUCCGCAGGCUGGCCAGCCCCCAGGCUGGGCUGGGCGAGUAUCUCUUCGAAAGGCUCACUCUCAAGCACGACUAGAUUCCUCCACAGCCCAGCGGCCUUUGAGGGGCCCAAAUGGCACCCCUGGUGUUAAGGGCUUCUGCCUAAGCCUCUCCCUGGAGCUCUUCCAAGUUGUGGACCAAAUGAAAACAAUAAAGCUUUUUGCAGCAAAAAAAAAA